UAUACUAGCUAGCAAUGAACAAGCAAAAAAUGAGACUAAAAUAGUUUCAUUCAUAAUAGCAUCAAAAAGACUAAAAGACUUAGGAAAAAAUUUAGCAAAAAAGGUGUAAGCCUUGUGCAUUAAAAAUUAUAGAACAUUCCUGAGAGAAAUUAAAGAAGAAAUUAAAGAUCUAAAUAAAUGGAGAGAGAGUCCGUGUUCAGGGAUUGGAAAACUCAAUAUUGUUGAGAUGUUGAUUUUCCCUAAAUUAAUCUGUAAAUUCACAGCCCAUAUCAAAAUUCCGGCAGGCUUUUUUUUUCUUUCUAGAAUUUGACAAGCUGAUCCAAAAAUUUACAUGGAAACCCAAAGGACCUAGACUAGACAAAACAGUUUUGGAAAAGGAGAGCAAAGUUGGAAGAUUUAGACUACCUGAUUUGAAAAAACCUACUAUAAAGCCGUGAUUAUCAAGGCUGUGUGGCAUUGCUGCAAGGAUAGGCAUAUAUAGGCAUAUAUAUCAGUGGAACAGAAUUUAGAGUCCACAACUAAACCUUGAAUAUGUGGUGGGUUGGUUUUCAAGAGGUGCAUCCUUGAUCCAAGAUUUCUCUGCUUGGAAAAGUCUCAGUGUAAAACAGCCUCUCACAGUGUGUGCUGCAGUUUAACUCAGACUGCACUGCAAUCAAGCCAGCUAAUGCAUCACUGUCUGCCGGAUAAACUGCUCCGUCAUCCUUGGUGCUUGGCAUGUUACAAUGCUGGGAUCAGUGUGGGCUUCUAGUUGGAUUUUGUGCCAGGUAUGGGUCUACUUUGGACACUCACUAUUUAUGGUAGAUUAAAAUGAGGAUGCUUUGAAUUUAGAGGAAUAAAUGUGGCUUUUUAUUUCUUGUGUUCUAAUAUUACAGAAGGAUUGUGAGCAGCAUCCAUAAAAGAUUAGAAACUCUUGCUUUGUUUUUGGAUCUAGGUGUGCUGUGUUAGUGUUUGGUUGUUUUAGAAAUAUCCUGUUGGUGAUAGGAAGCACAAACUCGAUUACUGAGUGUGCCUCUUUAGUGUAUUUUUCUGAUACGAUUGAAAGCAAAAUAGCCUGCUUUAUUCUACACUCAGUGCUUUAUUUGGUGUUUGAAUGUUGAACUUAUAUAACAAAGGCAGAGAGUGAUUCUCUUUUGGGAACUGUCUAUGUCUGGAGACGCUUAAAUGUGUGUGAAAUUGAGUUGCUUCUACAUCUGUGGUCACUGUAAUUCUUCUGAACAAAGGCCUCAGUGCUCUAUUUUUGAGACAUGUUGUUCUGAAGAGACAUAAAGAUAGGAGGGCUCCUCUGCGUCAGUUUGGUUCUUUAAGGGAAAAAGUAUAUUUGACUAACUUUGUCAGACAUUGGCAUAGUAUGGAAGGAAUGACACAGAGUGGUACAGACCAGAAAAUGACCCAGGACUUAGAUUUUUUAUUAUGGCUGGUGGUCAUGUUGAGUGGCCUGAUUGAGUCUUUUCAACUUGGGUCACCUGAGUAUCCUAAGAUCGAGGUUUGUUUGCUUUAAUCAUUUAUCUUCUGUUUGAUCAUUCAUCUUCUAUCUGUGCUACAGGUCAUUUGUGUACUUCUGUUUUGGUGCUUUUUCUGGAAAGUUAAUAGGUCCUCAGCAUAGUUUUAUCAAAUUAUUGACUAUUUCUAUUCAGCAUUUUGGUGGGAAAGAAUUUUUGUAUGGUGCAUGAGUCAGGUUAGCUAUGACUCUGGGGAAUUAUACCGUUCCCGAGGACUCAUCUCAGGAAGUUGUGAUUCUAUAGAUCUAGCUGUUAGAGUCUUUCCUCCAAUUACAAGGGAGCAAUAUCAUGAGCAUUUCCUUAAUUAAAAGCUAAAGCAGAACUAUGAUACUGUAUAACAUUCAGCUAGCAUUUAUUUAAGCCAUCUGUCCCUCUGUGGCAAAUUUGCUUUCACAGCGAUAGAUGUGUCCCAGUAGCCUUUCUAGGCAGGAUUUUUCUUCCCUGUGCACACUCGGUUAGACCUCUGAGUCUAAAAUAUUUGUUUGGGUCCCUUUUCCUUUCAAGGAUUUUAUCCACAUCUUCUCUGUAUCCUAUUUGUACCAGCUCCAUUUUUGUUCUCAAGUUUUAGUGACUGAAAUCUUAGAUUUUAUUGUUUUAAAAAAGGUUUUUGUAUGUGUAUAUCACUACUUUGGCCUGAAAAUUAGAAUUGUGGCUCCCAUUUUAUUCAAAGUCCCUUAGUAGUGGCAAGUUUUGUGUUUUCUACUUGGUCCGUUUACUGCCUGACCUGCUUUUCUCCCUCUUGCAGCCUGAUAGUCAGUAUUAUUUGUUUUCAUUGGAUCUCAGAAAUUGCCUACUUAGUCUAUGCUGUCCUUCCUCUGGAUUUUGUGACCCCAUUAUUUUGUUGGUUUAGUUGUCCUUGUAAACUUUGUCUUCUUUUUGCCCCAGGCCCUCCCUGUUAUAUGCCCUGGCAAUCAGGAGAAGCUGUGGAGCUUUUCUCUGGUGACUGUCCCAAGAAAGUGAUUGUUGAAAUGUGUCUGCUGCAGCUAACACAGAGCUGCUAAGAUAUAGAUAUACAGGCUUUUAUAUUUCUCCCCUUCUGUCAGUCUCUUUGGGAAAUCAGCUAAUUCUGUGUGUGAGCCAAGUGUAGGGGGAAAAUAGAAAAAAGAAGGAAAGGUGGGAAAAUAUGGAAAUUGGGGACAAAGACAAAAAGACUGUAGUUUGAAGCCAUCAGGAAUACUCUAGUCUGACUGAAGCAGGGCCAAGUAGUCAGAAGGCACAGUAUCUUUCGUACUCCUGGGUUUUAAGCACCUACAACAGAUAGGAGGACGAACGGCGGCUUGUGUUUACAAGGCUGAAAUCUGAAGAAAAAGCUUCCAUUCCUUUGCCAUCUUGAUAUGGAGGGUUCUGCAGAGGAAAAUAAGGAGAUGAAAUAUUACAUGCUUCAAAGGUCCAGCAUGUCUGGCUUACACAUCGUAAAGCAAGGUCGAGACCGGAAGAAAAUAGACUCACAGCGAGAUUUCACUGUAGCUUCUCCAGCAGAAUUCGUUACUCGUUUUGGGGGGAAUAAAGUGAUUGAGAAGGUUCUUAUUGCCAACAAUGGCAUUGCAGCAGUGAAAUGCAUGCGAUCUAUCCGUCGGUGGUCUUAUGAGAUGUUUCGAAAUGAACGUGCAAUCCGAUUUGUUGUCAUGGUCACACCUGAAGACCUUAAAGCCAACGCAGAAUACAUUAAGAUGGCAGAUCACUAUGUCCCAGUGCCUGGAGGACCAAACAACAACAACUAUGCAAAUGUGGAGUUAAUUCUUGAUAUUGCUAAAAGGAUCCCAGUACAAGCAGUGUGGGCUGGCUGGGGUCAUGCUUCUGAGAAUCCCAAACUCCCAGAACUACUUUUGAAAAAUGGCAUUGCCUUCAUGGGUCCUCCAAGCCAGGCCAUGUGGGCUUUAGGGGAUAAGAUUGCAUCUUCCAUAGUGGCUCAAACUGCAGGUAUCCCAACUCUUCCCUGGAGUGGCAGUGGUCUUCGUGUGGACUGGCAGGAAAAUGAUUUUACAAAACGUAUCUUGAAUGUUCCCCAGGAAUUAUAUGAAAAAGGUUAUGUGAAGGAUGUGGAUGAUGGGCUAAAGGCAGCAGAGGAAGUUGGAUAUCCGGUAAUGAUCAAGGCCUCAGAAGGCGGGGGAGGGAAGGGAAUCAGAAAAGUCAACAAUGCAGAUGACUUCCCUAACCUCUUCAGACAGGUUCAAGCUGAAGUCCCUGGAUCUCCUAUAUUUGUGAUGAGACUAGCCAAACAAUCUCGUCAUCUGGAGGUACAGAUCUUAGCAGAUCAGUAUGGCAAUGCAAUCUCUUUGUUUGGUCGUGAUUGCUCUGUACAGCGCAGGCAUCAGAAGAUUAUUGAAGAGGCACCUGCUGCUAUUGCUACUCCAGCAGUAUUUGAACAUAUGGAACAGUGUGCUGUGAAACUUGCCAAAAUGGUUGGUUAUGUGAGUGCUGGGACUGUGGAAUACCUCUACAGCCAGGAUGGCAGCUUCUACUUUCUGGAACUGAACCCUCGGCUACAGGUAGAGCACCCUUGUACAGAGAUGGUGGCUGAUGUCAACCUCCCUGCAGCACAACUCCAGAUUGCCAUGGGAAUCCCUCUAUACAGAAUCAAGGAUAUCCGUAUGAUGUAUGGGUUAUCUCCCUGGGGUGAUGCUCCCAUUGAUUUUGAAAAUUCUGCUCACGUUCCUUGCGCAAGGGGCCAUGUUAUUGCUGCUCGGAUCACUAGUGAAAAUCCAGAUGAGGGUUUUAAGCCCAGCUCAGGAACAGUUCAGGAACUGAAUUUCCGUAGCAAUAAGAAUGUUUGGGGUUAUUUCAGUGUUGCUGCUGCAGGAGGACUUCAUGAAUUUGCUGAUUCUCAGUUUGGUCACUGCUUUUCCUGGGGAGAAAACAGAGAGGAAGCAAUUUCAAACAUGGUGGUGGCUUUGAAGGAGCUGUCUAUUCGGGGUGACUUUCGAACUACAGUUGAAUAUCUGAUCAAAUUGUUGGAGACUGAAAGCUUUCAGUUGAAUAGAAUUGACACUGGCUGGUUGGACAGACUGAUAGCGGAAAAAGUACAGGCAGAGCGGCCUGACACCAUGCUGGGCGUUGUGUGUGGGGCUCUCCACGUGGCAGAUGUGAGCCUGCGGAAUAGCAUCUCUAACUUCCUUCACUCCUUAGAAAGGGGUCAAGUCCUUCCUGCUCAUACCCUUCUGAAUACAGUAGAUGUUGAACUUAUCUAUGAAGGAGUCAAGUAUGUGCUUAAGGUGACUCGACAGUCCCCCAACUCCUAUGUAGUGGUCAUGAACGGCUCGUGUGUAGAAGUAGAUGUACAUCGGCUGAGUGAUGGAGGACUGCUCCUGUCCUAUGAUGGCAGCAGUUAUACCACGUACAUGAAGGAGGAAGUGGAUAGAUAUCGCAUCACGAUUGGCAAUAAAACAUGUGUGUUUGAGAAGGAAAAUGACCCUUCAGUGAUGCGCUCACCUUCUGCUGGGAAGUUGAUCCAGUACAUUGUGGAGGAUGGAGGCCAUGUGUUUGCUGGCCAGUGCUAUGCUGAGAUUGAGGUGAUGAAGAUGGUAAUGACCUUAACAGCUGCAGAGUCUGGCUGUAUCCAUUAUGUCAAAAGGCCUGGAGCAGCUCUUGACCCUGGUUGUGUAAUAGCCAAAAUGCAGUUGGACAACCCCAGCAAGGUCCAGCAGGCUGAGCUUCACACGGGUAGUCUGCCACGGAUCCACAGCACAGCACUCAGAGGCGAGAAGCUCCAUCGAGUGUUCCACUAUGUCCUGGAUAAUCUGGUCAACGUAAUGAAUGGAUACUGCCUUCCAGAUCCUUUUUUUAGCAGCAGGGUAAAAGACUGGGUAGAGCGGUUGAUGAAGACCCUCAGAGAUCCCUCCUUGCCUCUCCUAGAAUUGCAAGAUAUCAUGACCAGUGUCUCUGGCCGUAUCCCCCCGAAUGUGGAGAAGUCUAUCAAGAAGGAAAUGGCUCAGUAUGCUAGCAACAUCACAUCUGUCCUCUGUCAGUUUCCCAGCCAGCAGAUUGCCAACAUCCUAGAUAGUCAUGCAGCUACACUGAACCGGAAAUCUGAGCGGGAAGUCUUCUUCAUGAACACUCAGAGCAUUGUCCAACUGGUGCAGAGGUACCGAAGUGGCAUCCGAGGCCACAUGAAGGCUGUGGUGAUGGAUCUGCUGCGACAGUACCUGCGAGUGGAGACACAAUUCCAGAAUGGUCACUAUGACAAAUGUGUGUUUGCCCUUCGGGAGGAGAACAAGAGUGACAUGAACACUGUACUGAAUUAUAUCUUCUCUCACGCUCAAGUCACCAAGAAGAAUCUUCUGGUCACAAUGCUUAUUGAUCAACUGUGUGGCCGGGACCCUACUCUCACUGAUGAGCUGCUGAAUAUCCUCACAGAGCUAACUCAACUCAGUAAGACCACCAAUGCCAAAGUGGCACUUCGAGCACGCCAGGUUCUUAUUGCCUCCCAUUUGCCAUCAUAUGAGCUUCGCCAUAACCAAGUAGAGUCUAUCUUCCUAUCAGCUAUUGACAUGUAUGGACAUCAGUUUUGCAUUGAGAACUUGCAGAAACUCAUCUUGUCUGAAACAUCUAUUUUUGAUGUCCUUCCAAACUUCUUCUAUCACAGCAACCAGGUAGUAAGGAUGGCAGCUCUAGAGGUGUAUGUUCGAAGGGCUUAUAUUGCCUAUGAACUUAACAGUGUACAACACCGCCAGCUUAAGGACAACACCUGCGUGGUGGAAUUCCAGUUCAUGCUGCCCACAUCUCAUCCAAACAGAGGGAACAUCCCCACGCUAAACAGAAUGUCCUUCUCCUCCAACCUCAACCACUAUGGCAUGACUCAUGUAGCUAGUGUCAGCGAUGUGCUAUUGGACAACUCCUUCACGCCACCAUGUCAGAGGAUGGGCGGAAUGGUCUCUUUUCGGACUUUUGAAGAUUUUGUCAGGAUCUUUGAUGAAGUGAUGGGCUGCUUCUGCGAUUCCCCACCUCAAAGCCCCACAUUCCCUGAGGCAGGUCACACAUCUCUGUACGAUGAAGACAAGGUCCCCAGGAAUGAACCAAUUCAUAUUCUGAAUGUGGCUAUCAAGACUGAUGGUGAUAUUGAGGAUGAUAGGCUGGCAGCUAUGUUCAGAGAGUUUACCCAGCAAAAGAAAUCUACCCUGGUUGAGCAUGGGAUCCGGCGCCUUACGUUCCUGGUUGCGCAAAAGGAUUUCAGAAAACAGGUCAACUAUGAGGUGGAUCAGAGAUUUCAUAGAGAGUUCCCUAAAUUUUUCACGUUCCGAGCAAGGGAUAAGUUUGAGGAGGAUCGUAUCUAUCGUCACCUGGAGCCUGCCCUAGCUUUCCAGUUGGAGCUAAACCGCAUGAGAAAUUUUGACCUUACUGCCAUUCCAUGUGCUAAUCACAAGAUGCACCUGUAUCUUGGGGCAGCCAAGGUGGAAGUGGGCACAGAAGUGACAGACUACAGGUUCUUUGUUCGUGCAAUCAUCAGACAUUCUGAUCUGGUCACCAAGGAAGCUUCUUUUGAAUAUCUACAAAAUGAAGGGGAGCGGCUACUCCUCGAAGCCAUGGAUGAGUUGGAAGUCGCUUUUAACAAUACAAAUGUCCGUACUGACUGCAACCACAUCUUUCUCAACUUUGUCCCCACGGUCAUCAUGGACCCAUCAAAGAUUGAGGAAUCUGUGCGGAGCAUGGUAAUGCGCUAUGGAAGUCGGCUGUGGAAAUUACGCGUCCUCCAGGCAGAACUGAAAAUCAACAUUCGCCUGACACCAACUGGAAAAGCAAUUCCCAUUCGCCUCUUCCUUACAAACGAGUCUGGCUAUUACUUGGACAUCAGCCUGUACAAGGAAGUGACUGACUCCAGGACAGCACAGAUCAUGUUCCAGGCCUAUGGAGACAAACAGGGACCAUUGCAUGGAAUGUUAAUCAACACUCCAUAUGUGACCAAAGACCUGCUUCAAUCAAAGAGAUUCCAGGCACAGUCCUUAGGGACAACAUACAUAUAUGAUAUCCCAGAGAUGUUUCGGCAGUCCCUGAUCAAACUCUGGGAGUCUAUGUCCACUCAUGCAUUCCUUCCAUCGCCCCCUCUGCCGUCUGACAUGCUGACGUAUACUGAGCUCGUACUGGACGAUCAAGGUCAACUGGUCCACAUGAACAGGCUGCCGGGAGGAAAUGAGAUUGGCAUGGUAGCUUGGAAAAUGACCCUUAAAAGUCCUGAAUAUCCAGAAGGCCGAGAUAUCAUUGUUAUUGGCAAUGAUAUCACAUACCGAAUUGGGUCCUUUGGGCCCCAGGAGGAUUUGCUGUUUCUCAGAGCUUCUGAGCUUGCCAGAGCAGAGGGCAUCCCCCGCAUCUUCGUAGCAGCUAACAGUGGAGCAAGAAUUGGACUGGCAGAGGAAAUUCGUCAUAUGUUUCACGUGGCCUGGGUAGAUCCUGAGGAUCCUUACAAGGGAUACAAAUAUUUAUAUCUGACCCCUCAAGAUUAUAAGAGAGUCAGUGCUCUCAACUCUGUGCAUUGUGAACAUGUGGAGGAUGAAGGAGAAUCCAGGUACAAGAUAACCGAUAUUAUUGGGAAAGAAGAGGGACUUGGAGUAGAGAACCUUCGAAGUUCUGGAAUGAUUGCAGGAGAAUCCUCAUUGGCCUAUGAUGAGAUCAUCACCAUCAGCCUGGUUACGUGCCGGGCCAUUGGGAUUGGGGCUUACCUUGUCCGGCUGGGACAGAGAACCAUCCAGGUUGAAAACUCUCACUUAAUUCUGACAGGAGCUGCCGCCCUCAACAAAGUCCUUGGGCGGGAAGUAUAUACCUCCAAUAACCAGCUCGGAGGCAUCCAGAUCAUGCACAACAAUGGAGUGACCCACAGCAAAGUUUGUGAUGACUUUGAAGGGGUUUUCACUGUCCUGCACUGGCUGUCUUACAUGCCUAAGAGUGUGCACAGUUCAGUUCCUCUCCUGAACUCCAAGGAUCCUAUAGACAGAAUCAUCGAGUUUGUUCCCACAAAGGCCCCAUAUGAUCCUCGAUGGAUGCUAGCAGGCCGUCCUCACCCAACCCAGAAAGGUCAGUGGUUGAGUGGAUUUUUUGACUAUGGAUCUUUCUCAGAGAUCAUGCAACCCUGGGCACAGACCGUAGUGGUUGGCAGAGCCAGGCUAGGAGGAAUACCUGUGGGAGUAGUUGCCGUGGAAACCCGAACAGUGGAACUAAGUAUCCCAGCUGAUCCUGCAAACCUGGAUUCUGAAGCCAAGAUCAUCCAACAAGCUGGCCAGGUUUGGUUCCCAGACUCUGCCUUUAAGACCUAUCAGGCUAUCAAGGACUUCAACCGUGAAGGGCUGCCUCUGAUGGUCUUUGCCAACUGGAGAGGCUUCUCUGGUGGAAUGAAAGAUAUGUAUGACCAAGUGCUGAAGUUUGGUGCUUACAUCGUGGAUGGCUUACGGGAGUGCUCUCAGCCUGUGAUGGUUUACAUUCCUCCCCAGGCCGAGCUUCGGGGUGGCUCCUGGGUGGUGAUUGACCCCACCAUCAACCCCCGGCACAUGGAGAUGUAUGCUGACCGAGAAAGCAGGGGCUCAAUUUUGGAGCCAGAAGGGACAGUAGAAAUCAAAUUCCGCAGAAAGGAUCUGGUGAAAACCAUGCGUCGGGUGGACCCGGUCUACAUCCACUUGGCUGAGCGAUUGGGGAAAGGAGGAGGACACGUUGGCUCCCCAUGGCAAGGCACCCCAGAGCUAAGUGCAGCUGAGCGGAAGGAGCUGGAGAACAAGUUGAAGGAGCGAGAGGAAUUCCUGAUUCCCAUUUACCAUCAGGUAGCUGUGCAGUUUGCUGACUUGCACGACACACCAGGCCGGAUGCAGGAGAAGGGUAUUAUUAAUGACAUCCUGGAUUGGAAAACAUCCCGUACCUUCUUCUACUGGCGGCUGAGGCGUCUCCUGUUGGAGGACCUGGUCAAGAAGAAAAUCCACAAUGCCAACCCUGAGCUGACUGAUGGCCAGAUCCAGGCCAUGUUAAGGCGCUGGUUUGUGGAAGUGGAAGGGACAGUGAAGGCCUACGUUUGGGACAAUAACAAGGAUCUGGUGGAGUGGCUGGAGAAACAGCUAACAGAGGAAGAUGGUGUUCGCUCAGUAAUAGAGGAAAACAUCAAAUAUAUCAGCAGAGACUAUGUCCUCAAGCAGAUCCGCAGCUUGGUACAGGCCAAUCCAGAGGUUGCCAUGGAUUCGAUCAUCCAUAUGACCCAGCACAUCUCACCCACUCAGAGAGCAGAAGUUGUACGGAUCCUCUCCACGAUGGACUCCCCUUCGACGUAGGAAGAGCUUCCUGCCCAUCCCUGCCCUGCCUCUGGAGAAAAGGGCUAGAGCUGCCUUUCACAACAGAAACCACUGUCAUGAGAAGGCACAGGAGGCCCAGCACUGGGAUCAAAGAGGCAUUUUGCUUCCCCUUGAAUGUUUUCAGGUUAUGCAUGACAUCCUAGGAUACAGGGUCACAAGCCCCUACUCCAGCCCUCUGGUCACACCUGUCCCAUUCAGUAUUUAUUACCCUGGCUGUGACAGCAGGUUCUCUCUCCCUGCACAGGACCUGCGAAGGCAAUGAAGGGUACAGCACGUACCAUGAGGUCUUACACAAAAGCAGGGCUGCGCCUCCUGUCCUGACAACUCCUUGGUCCCAGCCUUCCCUCAUUCCUGGCCCCAUGAGCCUGCAGCCACAGGUAGCAGAGGAGGGCUGGGGCUGAGGCCAUAGGCCCAGCACCAGGUCUGGGGAGAGGGAGAAGCCUCGGGUUCGUUCCGUUGUUUCUUUACCCUCACGUUCAGCCCAGCACAUGCUAAGCGCUGGAAGAGGAAUCGUUCCCAGCCCAGUCACACCAAGGUACCUGUUUAUGAAGAAAAAUUAGAGCAUGAAAUCUGCAAGGUCCAUGGGAACUCAAAGAUGAGGGCAAAACCAUAAUCCGAGAAGCAGAGAAAGCAAAUAGACUAAGUCACUGUUGUGGAUUUUGGGGGCCUCGACCUUGGGCUCAGUUCUCUUGGAACAAAUAGAAAGACGGUUGACCUGCCACUACCCUGCAUGUCACUGCUCAACUACCUGUUACACCUGGCGGGAGCUGUAAAGCCAGAGCAUGAGAGCCUUCCUCCAGGGGCCCCAAGGCAGUGCUGCAGCCUGAGUUGGCAGAGGAGGAACCAGGUGGAAUUGCCUUUUCUGUCAUUGAUCCCACAGGGAGAGUGGGCCAGAUAGUCUCUCUUUUUAGAACUUAGAAAUUUGUUACUAUUAAGCCUGGAGCUUUGAUAGUUACAAAGGGGAAUAGUGCCUACCGAGUCACUCGUCUCUAUUUCCAAGGCAACUCUCCCAGUUGCUGACACUCCUACUCCCUUCGGGUCCUAUCUCUUCCUGGAAUGUACACAGGCUACAGGGGCAGCAGGUCUCCCUACAGCUGCUGAGAGGAACCCUGGUGACAUCUAUGCUCUCGGCACCAGAAACUGGCCUUCUCCAGCGUGGGGAGGCUCCCAGGGAACACAGACUCCACGUGACCUUAAGAUUAUCUACAACUCCGUCAUGGUGCUGCUGUCUUCCAGGCUCACUGGUCCUUUCCUGGCCAGCAGCGGGGGCCUCUUCACGGGUGGUGGAAAGAGUUUGUUUAUUUUCAACAACCAGUUUAUUCAAGGAAAGAGCUUACUGAUUCCCCUGUUGGUAUUCCUAAAGCAAGAGUGGCAGGUGAUCAGGGCUGGUGGAGCAUUCAGUUCCUACGGUGCAGCUAAUUGCAUUUGUCACUGGUGACCAAGGAGGAAAUCACUAAGAUGUUUUAAAAGCAGUGGUAUGCACACUUUUGUACAAGCUACAGUUUUGAGCCUUAACCCUAUAGUUCACACACAAGAAAGAGCUGCACCUCCCCUUUCUUCGGGAGCUGUGUAGAUCGGCACUGUGGCUGCCUCAUCGCUGGCUGCCCCCAGGAACUCAGAGCCCAGCCAGGCUGCCCUGCUGCAGGUGUCUGGCACCAUCAAAGAAGGGCAGGGAAAGGUGGGGAGCAAUUCAGUCCAGGAGGAAGCAUCUGUUGCUCCUGGUAUCUCCUUACCCAGUAAGUAAGAAUUGGAUUCCUCUUUGACCGAUUAUUCCUCUAUACUUUUCUGCAGUAAAUAAAACUACACACACCUACAGGUUAUGGAAUGAAGUCAUGCACUCCCUCCCCAGUUGGCCUGUCCUAUCCUGUGCUCGCCCUGGCCUUUCUUCAGAGGCAGGGCAGGUUAUACUCAUUUUACUUCUCCCCUCUGCCAAAUUAUGACACAUUAAAUGAAUACAUUUCCUCUCUACAACCCUGUAAUGCCUACUCCCCUAUCCCUGGCGCACUUGACUUUAGGUCUUACCCGGGACAGGGACUUUUCAUGUGGGGAAGUCAGAUAGAGCCACAGAACAUGAGUGAUCUGAUAUUCCCACAGCCCAUUACACAUGCAAGGUUACUGAGGCAGGAGGAGUAUAAAUGAUGUAUUGACCAAGACUUGCUUGAGCUGAGAUUGCCAUAUUGUCUGUCUACUUUGUUCACAAAGCAGCCUUCACUUGUCUCAUUGAGAAGUCGAUGGACACAUACCCUGAUGAGCAAGGAGCUUCAGUCAAAUGUAUUCUUUUCACAUUUUGUUGAAAUAAACCUCCACAUUUGUAGAAGA